AUGAGCUCAUCCAAUCCUUCAUGCACUACGAUAUCGUCGACGGAUCCGAAAGAAUCGACCUCAAGCGUGACUGAGGGUUCACCCAACGAUCAGCGUCUUAUAUGUGGCAUUUGCAACAGCGUCAUUUUGCUUGCUGGCGUUGGUCGCUGGACUAACAAGGAAGAAGUGCUGCCGCUGUGUCGACAGCAAAAAGACGUAGACACUCAAAAGGAAGCUGUUAGUGGAUUCUGGACGGUUCGGGACAUGUAUGACUUCGAGAAUGUGGGAUUCACAAACUCUGUCGACGGGAUGAAAUACUUGACCUGUGCCGAUUGUGAAUAUGGUCCCAUAGGAUUCCUGGAACCUGAGGCCAAGCUCCACUAUAUGUUGUCCAGCACUGUAGAAGAGCCGCUCGAUCUCAUUAAACUCAGUCUUGAUGAAAGAGUAUAUGUAAAGAUGCGGAACGAUAGGGAGAUUCGUGGACGACUUCAUGCCUACGACCAGCACCUCAACAUGAUUUUAUCGAAUGUUGAAGAAACGGUGACAACCUCAGAAGUAGAUGAAGAGUCUUUUGAGGAGAUUUAUCGACAAACAAAGAGAACGAUUCCAAUGUUAUACGUACGUGGUGAUUCUGUAAUUCUUGUUUCGCCUCCUGUUCGUGCAACGUAA